UUGACUCGCGCUGAGAGCGAGAGCUCGAACACAUCGAGAGAGCAGCAGCGGUCAGGGCCCGCGGACAAGAACUCGCCGAAACGGAUUUACACAAGCAACGUAUCGUUCCCGUAAAGCCAAGUCUGAAGAGAGUGUGUAUUUCUCUCCAUCUGAAGCCCGAUCUGUCAAGAGUUACACCAAGUGGGACUCGAUGAAAGAUGACAGAGGAGGUGAUUGUUAUAGCAAAGUGGGACUACACAGCUCAGCAAGACCAGGAACUGGACAUCCGGAAGAACGAGCGGCUGUGGCUGCUGGAUGAUUCCAAGACCUGGUGGAGAGUCCGCAACGCGUCCAACCGCACCGGCUACGUCCCCUCGAAUUACGUGGAGCGCAAGAACAGUCUGAAGAAAACCUCACUAGUGAAGAACCUGAAGGACACACUCGGCCUGGGAAAAACGAAAAGGAAAACUAGUGCCCGUGAUCCCUCUCCCACGCCCAGUACGGAGGCAGAGUACCCGUCCAAUGGAAGCGCGGGAGGCGGUGGAGGAGGCGGAGCCGAGCGGAUCUAUGACCUGAACAUUCCCGCGCUGGUAAAGUUCUCAUACACGCCGGAGAGGGAAGAUGAACUCAACCUUGUCAAAGGCGAAAGGGUGGUGGUCAUGGAGAAAUGCAGCGACGGCUGGUGGAGGGGUAGCAACGCCGGACGCGUCGGUUGGUUCCCGUCCAACUACGUUCAGGAGGAGGUGGGAUACGCAGACCACGAUGGGGUUUUCGGGGACGCUUUGGGGGGCUUCCGGUCCUUAAAGGUGGGGCAGGGGGCGGCAAUGCUUAACGGACGGCCGGGGGGCUCCGAGAGCGCCGUUCUGCAUGUGGUCCAGACUCUGUACCCCUUCAGCUCAGUUACAGAGGAGGAACUGAACUUUGAGAAGGGUGAGACUAUGGAGGUGUUGGAGAAGCCAGAGAAUGACCCGGAGUGGUGGAGGUGUAAAAACAAUCGUGGCAUGGUCGGCCUAGUGCCUAAAAACUAUGUGGUGGUGCUCGCUGAUGGGCCUGCAGGGAGGGGCCUGGGGGCGAGUCACGCCUCCCCUCACAUCAGCCACACGGGGCCUUCACGUACGGGCAAAUUUGCAGGAAAGGAUUGGUACUACGGUAACGUGACACGGCACCAAGCGGAGUGCGCGCUUAAUGAGAGAGGAGUGGAGGGAGACUUUCUGAUCCGAGAUAGCGAGUCAUCGCCCAAUGAUUUCUCAAUAUCUCUGAAGGCAGCCGGGAAGAACAAGCACUUCAAAGUGCAGCAUCAGGACGGCGUUUACUGCAUCGGUCAGAGGCGUUUCUGCAGCAUGGAGGAGCUGGUCGAACACUACAAGAAAGCGCCCAUCUUCACCAGCGAGCAGGGAGACAAACUUUACCUGGUGAAUCCUCUGGCCUGAACGCAGUGCUUCUCUUUCAUCCGUCUCUUCCUCGGACUUCACCAAAGCCUUGAUUGAGAAACUGGGACCUUUGAUUUUAAGCAGAUUCAAGGACUGAUGAUGCCUACAUCGCCUUCAUUCUUCAUAUAGCAGCUUGUCAUGCUUAUAAACCAAGAUGUCCUUCUAAUUCCUUGAUAAUCAUGCCUGGUUUUUACAGGAAGGUUUUUGUAAGCAUCUUCCCUAAGCAACUUCUGUAUCGUUUCCCGAGGUUCUUCUGCUCUUCCUGUUGCUGGUUAAACAGUGUCGAUUCAUAACCUCAACCCACUUUACACUGGUUUACAUUUUUACAUUUCUCUGUCCACAAAUAGAGCCAAAACAAUAAACUAAAUAUAUAUUUGCUUUCCAACAGAUGGCACAUCUCCAUUCAUAUAGCUUGUUUAAGGACCAUGCAGUAUUUGUACACUGCAGUUGUCUAUCACUACAUGGGUGUAAAUCCAAAAGUUAGGUAGGGUGACUGUCAGAUUUGGACUCAUCACGUGCACUCAUCUCCAUCCAGGAGUCAUGGAGGCACUCUGAAAACUUGUAUGUUGGUUGUGAAAGUAUACAGGCAUUCCAGGUAUAUUUCAUUUUCAGGGUUACUUCAUAAUCAGGGUGCUUUAUAAAGGAGAUAAAUGCCUCAGUUAUGGCAAAAAGAGGCAGAGUUGAAUAGAGAGAGAGAGUAGUGACGAGAGUAGUUUCUGUAGGCCAGGCCUGAAUGUCUAAAUGUGUGUCCUUUCAACCAAAUGUGCCACCUGCUUCCAGUUCAGUGACUCUUAAUGUCUUAUUACACCUCACCAACACACGACUUAUCUGCUCGCAGUAACACGCGUAGUUGAUUGUGAACACUAAUCCAAGAGUAAUAAUAAAAAAUCUGAUUUUAUUUCUUUGUUUUUGUCAUAUUGCUCUCGGGCUGAUUGCCAAUAAGAGUGCUGGUAGAGGGGUUUUCAGUUUUUUUAACUAUUGUCUGAAUGUUAUUGAGCAAUGUUAUUUAAUUCCUCUUUCCACUGUAUGUACAUAUAUAUAUUAAGAAAAAAAGAUAUGGUGCAUAUAUGAAUCGUUUAGAUCCAGCAUUAUGGUACUGUAUUGAGGACAGUGUGGUGAGAAUUGAAAUACUUUUGUUCAAUAAAAGUUUUGCAGAAUAACUUAAAAGAACCAUUA